AUGAAAGCGUGGAAGCUACAGGAAUGUAUCGCUCAUUCCCCAGGCGCUGUUACUGCGGCAACUUUGGGCCGUAAAUCUGGUCGAGUAAUGGCCACUGGAGGAGAAGAUCGCCGCUUGAAACUGUGGGCUGUUGGAAAACCUUCUUGUAUCUUAAGUUUGACAGGGCAUACAUCAUCCAUAGAAGCUUCUGAAUUUAGUCAAGAAGAAGAUAGAGUGGCAGCUGGGUCUUUAUCGGGUUCUGUCCGUAUUUGGGAUUUGGAGGAAGUUAAAAUUGUUCGAGCCUUGUCUGGUCACACAUCAGCUAUCAAAACUCUAGACUUUCAUCCAUAUGGUAAUUUUGUAGCUUCAGGUUCUAUGGAUACCCUUGUAAAGCUGUGGGAUGUAUCUCGUAAAGGCUGCAUAAACACUUACCGGGGUCAUACUGGUUCUGUUAACAUGAUUCGCUUUUCUCCUGAUGGGAAAUGGAUUGUUUCUGCUGGUGAGGAUGGAAUAAUUAAACUUUGGGAUUUAUCAGCUGGUCGACAGUUGGCUGAAUUAGUCGGCCAUACUGGACCUGUUGUUGCAGUUACAUUUCAUCCUACAGUUCUUCUGCUUGCAACUGCCUCAGCUGAUCAUACUGUCCGUUUGUAUGACUUGGAAAAUUUCACACAAGUUGCCGUCACUGGACCAGAAUUAAACGCCACUAAUGUGAGGCGUAUUGCAUUUCAUCCGGAUGGUGUGUGUUUGUAUGUGGCUACAAAUGAUUAUCUCAGAAUAUAUGAUUACGAGAAUAUGUCUUGCCUAGAAACUGUACACGUUGGUUGGCGUGCUGGUGGCGGUUUGGACGAUAUGGCUGUUGCUCCAAGUUUCAAUCAACUUGUUGGUGUAUGUAUCUCAAAUUCGUUAAUUACUACUUAUGUUGUGGAUGUGAAGUCUUGCAUACCAUUCACUGCAAAUUAUUCAGAUAAUAUUGCCGAGUCAAAUAAAAACGUUUGUGUACAAUCAACUCAGUUGAAUACCACCAGUGUGAAUACAUCAACCAAUUACAGGGAUAAUGACAAUAGUAAUAGUAUUCCUACUAUCCAUCCUGUACAACAGAUAUGUGGUAAUAGUAAUCUUGCCAAUUAUAUGCAAAGUGAUGAACGUCCAUUUACUCGUUGUGGUUCAUCUCCCUCAAAAGCUCUAAGUUCUAUAGGACGUAAAAGUUUCUGCCUUGUCGCUGAAGAAAAUCUUCAAAAUGUUAUGAGUGAGGAUCCUAACGAUCCUGAUGCACAUUUACCUUAUCAACCUACAACUGAGGAUAGUGAAUCGCUCAAUGCAGCUGAUAUAACUGAUCCAGAUGAAUAUGAUAGGAUAUUUAAACCACACCACACAGUUCCACGAAGUCCUUCUCAAGCAAGAGCUAUGACUUCUAGAAGAAACGUUUCAAGUGAAUAUGGAACUGACGCAAUCACAAAGCUAAAUUUCGGUCUCCCUCCUUCAUCACCAAACAUUGUGAAUCCCACACCCCAUGAAGCAAAAUGCGUCCAGUCAAAUAUCUUAUCAGACAGAUUCACUUCGGAUAAACCAUUUACACCUCCGAGUACCACUUCAGCUUGCAUUUCCAGAAGACCUCAUCAAACUACUAUCUCACAAGCUGCCCGAAUAAUUUCAAAUUCUCCACACCCACCGGAAGCGAUUGAAGUGGAAGAUUUUCUACCUCAAUCACUGCCGACUAUGAUGGACUUUGCAUUGAAUCCAGUCCUUCAAAAUAUAAAAAACCCGACACGUGAUAAAUCUGGAAGCCUUCAUGAACCAUCAGAAGCAGAAUUGUUAUUGAGAAUUCGUAAACCUCACGAUCCUUUCGUGAAAGUCAUGUCAUCACGUGUUAAAGGCUUGUCAACUGUUCGUGUGAUGUGGAGUCCAGAUAGUGUGAAAACAGCUGUUGAGUCUGCAUUAAUGAUGAAUGAUACUGCAAUUUUAGUCGAUGUUCUUGGAAUAUUGUCAAAAAACAGCAAAUAUUGGAAUUUGGAUCUAGUCAGCUUUCUAUUACCUCAAUUAGUAGAGUUGAUUCACAGUAAAUAUACCACUCAUGUUGAAACAACUUGUCAAAUAGUUCGUGUAAUAAUCAAAAAUUUUGCCCCGGUGAUUCGCCAAACUAUCGAAGGCCCAACUCCACCUGGAGUAGACUUGAUGCGAGAAGAAAGACGUCGAAAAUGUCAAGAAUGCUUGUCCCAUUUACUUACAAUACGUUCAGCGUUAGGAACUAAAGAUGUAGCGAAUAAAGCUGGUCAAUGCGGACGUGAGUUAAACGUGAUGUUUCAGCUGCUAGUAUGA